CGGCUCCACUGGACAGCGGACAUCAUGGAAUGGGUGUUGAGAUCACCACUGCUGCUGUUGUGCGGGACUAUUGUCCGGAGCGAGGAAACUGUAAAUUGUGGUGAACCACCAAGACUAGAGAACGGGUUCCACAUUGGGAACGACUUCAGCUUUCGCCAAUGGCUCUAUUACGACUGCAAUAAAGGCUACGAGCGGUUUGGCAGUUCACGGAUACUCUGCACUCAUGUGGGAUGGUCCAAGUUCAACAUUCGGUGUCAAAUAAUACGGUGUGGCCCUCCACAACCAGUGGCCAAUGGAACCGUGUUGCCGCGAGGAGAGGGGACGUACGGACAACAGGCCGUUUAUUCCUGUAAUCAGGGCUACACCUUGACUGGAGAAAGAACCAUUACCUGCACCGACACUGGGCACUGGAGCCACCCCACCCCCAACUGUACAGAAAUAAAGUCCACGUUGCCAGUGAGGAAGCCUGACUCUGGAGAGUCUAUCAAGGGAUCUCUCCAGUCUAACGGAGUGAUCAUUGGUGGUGUCAUUGGUGCUGUUGCUGCCGUCGUUGUCACCGCAGGCCUCGUUGCCCUCGGUGCCUACUUCUACAAUCGGAACACACGACCCGACAUGAUUGGAACAGGAAGCAAAGUUGGCGAAGAGCCUUCUAUCUCCAACGACAGCAGUGUAACGACUCCACCUCAGACGUAUAUCUCUCCUCCGUUAACGACAAAAUAAAACUUAAUUUAUCCCAGGAGGGAAAUUAUUGGAUGAAAAGUGUGGUCGAGGGGAAUUGGGAAUCAAUUAUUUUGGGAAGGAGAUGAGGAGGAAUUUCUUUAGUCAGAGUUAAGUCAAGUCAAGAGAGUUUAUUGUCAUGUGUCCCAGAUAGGACAAUGAAAUUCUUGUUUUCUGCAGCACAACAGAAUAUUGUAAGCAUAAAUACAGAACAGUUCAGUUCAAUAUACACAUAAAUAAACAGAUAAAGUGCAAUAGGC